AUGAGAUCUAUCGUUCUUUCUCGAAGUCGUCGUGCCCAAGAGUCGCUAGGUCCUCCCAUGCGGAGUUACGUGUCACAUCUAUCGAGACUGAUUACUCCUAAAGACGCAGCAAGCCACUCGAUCUCAUCACAAGCAGCCAGUAAACACCUGUUCAGAGCACCACAGCCGUCGAUUCUACCCCCUCGAUCGCAUCCCCUGCCUUCCCUGUGCGUACACCAUGUUCGGGGAGCAUCACAGCCGUCCGUUUCCUCCUCCGGCCAGAUCCGGUUACUCCGAUCCUUCUACUCUCGGGUUGUUUCUCGAUCCGCAUCUCAACCCUCAUCCUCGAUCGGUAGCAGUACCAGUGCCACCGUUAACGCGGCAAGGUUGACGCUUUCCCGUCAGAUCUCGCGAGAAUCCAGCCUUCUGUUUGAGCAGUCAGCAGCCGUCAGGCUCCUGCGAUCCGGCAACCUCGCGGCUCGAGAAGUGGCAAAGGGAGCGGCUCGAGAAGCAAGGGAGAAAUGGAGCCACUUGUUGCAAGGCGCUGCGGAUCGGUGUCGACCUCCGGUCUUCUUUUUCCCGCCUCUCGCGCGAACCUUCGGCGCCGCGAGCCUCGCGGCGUCCAAAUCGCAGAUCGCGCCGCGGCUAGUGGCGAUUAUUCUCGGGGAAGCAGCACUUCGGCAGACCACAGGUUCGGGUAGAGGCGGCUUGGCGCACGCGGAGCAGAUGUUUGGCGCAGCGCAGCUGAAGUCGCAAGUGCAGGCGCAGCACCACACUAACCCCGUUAUAGACUUCCUCCUUGAAACGCAAGAAGCGAUCCGUCUGGCUCUUCGAACCGUGUAUCUAAUUUUCCUUUUCCUGCCCGCGAUCGUGACCGGCCCGUUCGCCGACAUGGCGGGGGGGCGGUUCCGGCAGCAGUGGCUGGAGCUGGUUCAUAAGACGCUAGAGUGUGCGGGGGCAGCGUUCAUUAAGUGGGGUCAGUGGGCGGCGACGCGGCCCGACUUAUUUCCCAAAGACAUGUGCGCGCAGCUGUCGAAGCUGCACACGAAGGCGCCGGCGCAUCCGUUCAAGACGACGCAGCGCAUCGUGGAGCGCGCGUUCGGACGGCGAUUGGAGGAGAUGUUCGAUGAGUUCGACGAGGAGCCCGUCGCGUCGGGGAGUAUUGCGCAGGUGCACCGCGCGGUGCUGACGAGCCGCUAUCCGCGCGCGGAGCCGAAGAUGGUGGAGCCGCCGCGCAUGGUGGCGGUGAAGGUGCGCCACCCGGGCGUGCGCGAGGUGAUUCACCGCGACUUCGUCAUCAUGAACUGGGUCGCGCGCGCCACGAGCCUCGUGCCGGGCCUGCAGUGGCUGCGCCUCGAGGACAGCGUGCAGCAGUUUGCAGUUUUCAUGAUGGCGCAGGUUGAUUUAGCCCGAGAGGCAGCUCAACUGAGUCGCUUCAACUACAACUUCCGCCGCUGGCGCAGCAUCAGCUUCCCCAAGCCUCUCUACCCACUCGUGCAUCCUGAGGUGCUCGUGGAAACGUUUGAGUCCGGGCAGAGCGUGGCUCGGUACGUGGAUCGGGCCGAGCCUGGCGGUGUGGUUGGGCCGGAGGGGAAGGGCGCGUGGCUCGCCGCCGAAGCUGAGAAAGCCGCAGCUGAAGCCGCCGCUGCCGCUGCUGCUGCAGCUGCAGCUGCAGCAACAGGAACAGGAGUGGCAGAGGCGAGAGUAGGGGGGAGCAAUUCUGAGAGUGGGAUAGAUGACAAGCGGAUAGCCGCUGCCAGUGCAACAGAAGGCAGGCCGGAGGGCAGGGAGGGUGCGGAGGGAACUAUUGAAGGGAGAGGGAUAGAGAAUGGGGAUGAUCCCAAGGCAAAGAAGAAGCGGCGGUGGCUGAUGCGAGGGCGGCCGUUCAAGCAGUGGUGGGAGAAGCGAGCGGGGAACAAGCUCAACAUGGAGCUAGCUGAACUCGGCUCACACACGCUCCUCAAAAUGCUCCUAGUAGACAAUUUCAUACACGCGGAUCUGCACCCGGGGAACAUUCUCGUGCGCAUGCAGCGCGGGCAUUUGCCGUCGGCGCCGGAGGAGGGCGUGGGGCUGGCUUUAAGUUCCCACCCGCACAUUGUGCUGCUGGAUGUGGGCAUGACUGCAGAGCUAGAGCCAAGAUUCCGGGCUAAUAUGUUGGAUUUCUUCAAGGCCAUUGCUGUGCGGGAUGGCCGGCAGGCUGCCGCGUGCACGCUGAAAUUCGCAGACAAGCAGAGCUGCGCCGACCCUGACGCUUUCAUUCAGGAUGUGGACAACUCGUUCAAGGAGUGGGACGCCACUGGCCUGCGAAUCCCAACGGGUGACUGCAUGCAAGACCUGCUGGAACAUGUGCGAAGGCAUCGGGUGAACAUUGAUGGAAAUGUGUGCACAGUGAUCAUCACCACCCUCGUGCUUGAGAGCUGGCAACUCUCGACCCAUCUGCUUCCUCUGUGCCCUGCCCGCUCCCGCCCAACAUCACCCGUCUCUCUCUUCGUGCGUCUUGUUCCCUGCCUUGCUGCGUUUUCAACCAUGGCCGCCGCGAAUCACGCUCGUCGGGGAGGCACGCUGAGGAUCAGGGAGGUGUGGGCGGAUAAUCUGGAGGAGGAGUUUGAGAUGAUUCGCGAGAUCGUGGAUGAGUAUCCGUAUGUGGCCAUGGAUACGGAGUUCCCAGGGGUUGUGGUCAGGCCAGUCGGGACGUUUCGCAGCAGCGCGGAGUACCAUUACCAAACCUUGCGCGUGAACGUGGACAUGCUGAAGCUUAUUCAGUUAGGGUUGACGUUCACUAACGAGGAUGGUAUGCUUCCUCAUUUCGGUCAGAACGAGUACUGCGUCUGGCAGUUUAAUUUCCGCGAGUUCAAUCUUAUGGAGGACAUUUACGCGCAGGACUCGAUCGAGCUUCUGAAGCAGAGCGGCAUCGAUUUCAACAUGAACCAGGAAAGAGGGAUUAAUUCGUUCCGUUUCGGCGAGCUUAUGAUUCCGUCAGGCGUUGUCCUCAACGAGAACGUGAACUGGAUAACGUUCCACAGCGGCUACGAUUUCGGGUACCUCCUUAAGGUGCUGACGUGUCAGAACCUUCCGAGCAACGAAGCAGAUUUUUUCAACCUCCUCCGCACAUACUUUCCUACCAUCUACGACAUUAAGUACCUCAUGAAGUUCUGUGAUAAUCUCCACGGCGGUUUGAAUCGUUUGGCGGAAACCCUAGAGGUGGAGCGGAUUGGUCCUCAGCAUCAAGCAGGGUCGGACAGUUUGUUGACGUCAGCAGCUUUCAGGAAGCUAAGGCAGGAUUUUUUCAAAGGCUCUGCUGAGAAAUAUGCUGGUGUGUUGUAUGGUCUUGGAGUUGAUUGUGAGCAGUAA